AUGCAAGAGCACCAAGACUUCGAGGAAGACGAUGAUGGUGAGUUGUCGGCGAUGGCUUGGGAAUCGGCGAUACGAGGAAAGAGCGGCCGUGAGAUCGCGCACCUCCACCAGAGCUGGGCGGCAGCUUUUCUCGCGCGUGGUUCCUUCAACAAAGCCCAGGAACACCUCGACCACGCCCUCGAAGCAUGGACCGGCUACGACGAGCCCGGCCUCCAGGCCCGCGCAUGGUGCCUAAAGGCGUCGUGUAGCGGCGAGGCCGGCGACUUCUCUGCCGCUGCGGCGAACUUGAAAACUGCCCUAAAGAUCGCAGAGGGCACGGGCGACGCCCCUUUGGUGUUAUCCGUAAUGGCCAACCGCGCCAUCUGCGAGAUCCACCUCGGGGACUGCAAGGCCGCCGCAACCCGCUCUCGGCGCGCCUUCAUCAGGGCCGAGGCGGAGGGUGGGCCUGAGACAGUCCUUUUGGCGCACGGUAUCCGGGCCAUGAGCUACCAAAUGACCGGGAACUUCCUGGCAGCAUGCAACGAGCACGAGGCCGCGGCGAAACUUGCCGAACAACGCCAGGUCCACCCGUUAGCACCCGCUUUUGCUUUGGGCAUGGAAACCAAUUUCGGCAUAAGGUAA